UUUCUCUAUAAGUGUUAAGUCACUUACCAUAUAAAACAUCAUUAUCUCAAACUGUUUCUUCCUAUUGGCGUAUUGGGUAACUACUAACUAACACAUAAUUGCUUCUCCUUAAGACUCUUUGCUUGCUGCCAUAUAUAUUCCUUCACAUCUCAAACCAUAUUACCUUCCAUAUUAAGGAAACUCCAACUGGCUACCGUCUCUCCUAUCCUUCUAAGCUUUUUCUUUUUUCCUCUCUCUCUCUCUCUCUCUCUAUAUAUAUAUAUAUCCAUUUUUUUUUUAAAAAAAAUAUUCGAGAGUGCUCAGAUGGACAAUGUAAUAGUUUUGCAGGACGCUUGAGGGUUGUGAUUGAAAAUGUUAUUCCUGAGGAAUUUCUGGGUGGUUAUUGUAUUGGUCACUGGACGAAAUGCUGCUGCUAAUUUAGACAGGGUUGAGGGUAGGCCACAUCGGAUUCUUCUAGAUACAGACGUUGAUACUGAUGAUUUCUUUGCUCUCUUGUACAUCUUGAAGCUUAACAGAUCAGAGUUUGAGUUGGAGGCAAUCACAAUCAACGCAAAUGCAUGGAGUGAUGCAGGGCAUGCUGUGAACCAGAUCUAUGACAUUCUUUACAUGAUGGGCCGCGAUGACAUAGCAGUUGGAGUAGGAGGUGAGGGUGGAAUACUGGAAGAUGGUACUAUACUCCCAGAUGUUGGUGGGUAUCUUUCUAUAAUUGAACAGGUGAAUUCAAGCAGGCUCUCUCUACAAGAUAUGGAAAAUUAAUAUAUAGUAUAAUGUUGCCCUGCCGACGAGGAAUAAAUUUUCAUUGGCAUAUUAAAUAGGGAAAUUCAACAGCAGGAGGUUGUAGAUACAGACAAGCUAUUCCUGUAGGUCUUGGAGGCCGACUAGAUAUUGAUUCUAAAUAUGGCUUAAGGAAAGCUUUCCUACCGCAGGGUAGCAGGAAAUAUUCUCCUCUUCGACAACCUACAACU